CAGCCGGGGAAAUGUCCCUUCCUGCCCUUCUAUCCUGGGGUGGGGGUCAGUGUCACAAGGAGCCGGAACUAAGGCCUCGAAAGAGAAGGCGCUGGAUCCCAAAUCCCGCGGAACCUCUGAUCCGAGGGGAGGCGCUGUGGCCUUGGGUUCGGGAGUGGGGUCCCGGGCGCCGAUCUGUCGCGGCCGAGAGGCGUCUCGGAUCCCAGGUCCCUGGAGUGCCCGCGGACCUCGGGAGGGGGCGCUGGAUCGUACGGCUCCCGCGCCGCUUCCCGGGAAGUUUCAAGUUUGAAAGUCUUGGCCGAGGGGCCGGGGCUUCCGGAACCGGAGUGGUGGAGAGGAGGGGCCGAGCGGCCGGAGCGACGCCAUGGAGGAGGGGGCGCUGCGGCAGCCUGGGGUGGGCCACCGGCCCCCUGAGGAUGAGAAAGAGGUGAUCCGUCGGGCCAUCCAGAAGGAGCUAAAAAUCAAGGAGGGUAUGGAGAACCUGCGGCGGGUGGCCACAGACCGCCGCCACCUGGGCCACGUGCAGCAGCUGCUACGAUCCUCCAAUCGCCGUCUGGAGCAGCUGCACGGCGAGCUGCAGGAGCUGCACACCCGCAUCCUGCUGCCCAGCCCGGGGCCUGGCCCAGCUGAACCUGUGGCCUCGGGACCCUGGCCUCUGGCAGAGCAGCCAAGGGCCCGGCACCUGGAGGCUCUGCAGAGGCAGCUGCAGGUGGAGCUGAAGGUAAAGCAGGGGGCCGAGAACAUGACCCACACGUAUGCCAGUGGCACCCCCAAGGGGAGGAAGCUCCUGGCAGCUGCCCAGCAGAUGCUGCGGGACAGCCAGCUGAAGGUGGCCCUGCUGCGAAUGAAGAUCAGCAGCCUGGAGACCAGUGGGUCCCCUGAGCCAGGGCCUGAGCUGCUGGCAGAAGAGCUGAGGCACCGAUUAUGCAUCGAGGCUGCCGUGGCCGAGGGUGCCAAGAACGUAGUGAAGCUGCUGGGUAGCCGGCGUACGCAAGACCGCAAGGCAUUGGCCGAGGCUCAGGCCCAGCUCCAGGAGUCCUCCCAGAAACUGGACCUCCUGCGGCUGGCCUUGGAGAAGCUGCUGGAGGGACUGCCUCCUGCCCACCCUCUACGUGGCAAAGUGGCCCGGGAGCUGCGGACUGCUGUGUCUGGGAACCCCCAGCCUUCAGGGACACUUGUGAAGCCCACCGCCGUGACAGGGACACUUCAGGUCCACCUCCUGGGCUGUGAGCAGCUGCUGACAACUGUGCCUGGCCGUUCCCCGGCAGCUGCGCUGGCCAGGAGCCCCUCCCAGGGCUGGCUUCGGGGCAAGGCCAGGCAGCAGCGUGGUAGAGGCGAGCUGGCCAGCGAGGUGCUGGCUGUGCUGAAAGUGGACAAUCGUGUCGUGGGUCAGACGGGCUGGGGGCCAGUAGCCAAGCAGUCCUGGGACCAGACCUUUGUCGUCCCCCUGGAGCGGGCCCGAGAGCUGGAGAUUGGAGUGCGUUGGCGGGACUGGCGGCAGCUGUGUGGCGUGAUCUUCCUGCGGCUGGAGGACUUCCUGGAUAAUACCUGUCACCAGCUGUCCCUCAGCCUGGUGCCACAGGGGCUGCUCUUUGCCCAGGUGACCUUCUGUGACCCUGUCAUUGAAAGGAGGCCCCGACUGCAGAGGCAGAAACGCAUUUUCUCUAAACGCAGAGGUCAGGACUUCCUGAGGGCUUCCCAGAUGAACCUCAGCAUGGCGGCUUGGGGGCGCUUGGUCAUGAAUCUGCUGCCCCCCUGCAGCUCCCCAAGCACGAUCAGCCCCCCGAAAGGGUGUCCCCAGACUCUGGCUACACCCCAGGGGGCCACUGACCCUGCCUCGCCCAGUAAUGUGCCCCCCAAGAAGACUCCCUUGGGAGGAGAGAUGAGGCCCCCACCCAAGCCCCCGCGCCUCUACCUGCCCCGGCAGCCAACCCCCGAGGAGAUGCCGCGCACCAAACGCCCCCACAUGGAGUCCAGGACUCGACUUGGGUCGUCUGUACCAGCCUCAGCCACCAGGAAACCCCCCCGGCUUCAGGACUUCCGCUGCUUGGCUGUGCUGGGCCGGGGCCACUUUGGGAAGGUCCUUCUGGUCCAGUUCAAGGGGACGGGGAAAUACUAUGCCAUCAAAGCGCUGAAGAAGCAGGAGGUGCUGAGCCGGGAUGAGAUUGAGAGCCUGUAUUGUGAGAAGCGGAUCCUGGAGGCUGUGGGCCACAUGGGGCACCCCUUCCUGCUCUCCCUCCUUGCCUGCUUCCAGACCUCCAGCCAUGCCUGCUUCGUGACUGAGUUUGUGCCAGGUGGUGACCUCAUGAUGCAUAUCCAUGAGGACGUCUUCCCUGAGCCCCAGGCCCGGUUUUACGUGGCCUGUGUGGUCCUGGGGCUGCAGUUCUUACAUGAAAAGAAGAUCAUUUACAGGGACCUUAAGUUGGAUAAUCUUCUGUUGGACGCCCAGGGUUUCCUGAAGAUCGCGGACUUUGGGCUAUGUAAGGAAGGGAUUGGAUUUGGGGACCGGACAAGCACAUUCUGCGGCACCCCGGAGUUCCUGGCCCCUGAGGUGCUGACCCAGGAGGCCUACACACGGGCUGUGGACUGGUGGGGGCUGGGUGUGCUGCUGUAUGAGAUGCUGGUGGGUGAGUGCCCGUUCCCAGGGGACACCGAGGAGGAGGUGUUUGACUGCAUCGUCAAUGUGGACGCCUCAUAUCCCCGUUUUCUGUCGGUGCAAGGGCUUGAGAUCCUUCAGAAGCUCCUCCAGAAGUGCCCGGAGAAGCGCCUGGGCGCAGACCACCGACUGGCAGGCCCUGCUCGCCCGCGCUGUCCGGCCCCCCUUUGCACCUACCCUCUGUGGCUCUACAGACCUGCGUUACUUCGAGGGCGAGUUCACAGGGUUGCCGCCUGCCCUGACCCCACCUGACCCCCGCCGUCCCCUCACUGCCCGCCAACAGGCCGCCUUUCGGGACUUCGACUUCGUGUCAGAACGAUUCCUGGAGCCCUGAGGGCCUCUCCUGGGGUCCCUGUCCCCUGCCCCCUAGACUAUUAGAGCCUCACUCGCCCACCUGUCUGCCCAGCUGUGUAUCCUGCCUGCCCAGGCCUUGCGUGGUAUUUAUCAGUCCAGGGGGCUGCUGUUGUGUGCUUGGCUCAGUCACUGGGCAGGGUGCUCCCCUCCCCUCUGCCUCCCAGACAGACCUGCACCAGAAAGGCUGGCACGCCGAGGAGUGGUUUGGUUUGUUUUUUAAUACUUGACUUGCUUUAUAGAUUAUUAAAUUUAUAAAACUGUG